GUGCGCUACGCCGAGGGCGCCGGCUGGGGGCGAGCGACCUCGAGCAGCCGCCGGCGCCGCAACCGUUGCCACCGCCGCAACGCAGUGGGGUUCAGAGGCCCAGAAGGUGGUGACCGAGGAUGUCGUCCACCGCGGCGUUUUGCCUUCUCUCUACCCUGGGAGGGUAUUUGGUCACGUCGUUCUUGUUGCUUAAAUACCCAACGUUGUUGCACCAGAGAAAGAAGCAGCGAUUCCUCAGUAGGCACAUCUCUCACCGCGGAGGUGCUGGAGAAAACCUGGAGAACACAAUGGCCGCCUUCCAGCAUGCAGUUACCAUUGGAACUGAUAUGUUGGAACUGGACUGCCAUAUCACAAAAGAUGAACAAGUUGUAGUGUCGCAUGAUGCAAAUCUGAAGAGGUCAACUGGGAUCAAUGUAAAUGUCUCUGACCUCAAAUACUGUGAGCUCCCGCCCUACCUUUGCAAACUGGAUGUCCCCUUUCAGAGAGCCUGCAAGUGUGAAGGAAAAGAUAACCGAAUUCCACUGCUGAAAGAGGUGUUUGAGGCCUUUCCUGAGACCCCCAUUAACAUCGACAUCAAAGUCAACAACAAUGUGCUGAUUAAGAAGGUCUCAGAAUUGGUGAAGCAGUAUAAGAGAGAGCACCUAACAGUGUGGGGCAAUGCCAGCUCUGAAAUCGUAGAAAAGUGCUACAAAGAGAACUCCGAUAUUCCUAUACUCUUCAGCCUCCAGCGUGUGCUACUCAUCCUUGGCCUUUUCUUCACCGGCCUCUUGCCCUUUGUGCCCAUUCGAGAGCAGUUUUUUGAAAUUCCAAUGCCUUCUAUCAUACUGAAGCUGAAAGAGCCACACACUAUGUCCAAAGGUCAUAAGUUUCUCAUCUGGCUUUCUGAUACCUUACUAAUGCGGAAGGCUUUAUUUGACCACCUCACUGCCCGGGGCAUCCAAGUGUAUGUUUGGGUUCUAAAUGAAGAACAUGAGUACAAAAGGGCGUUUGACUUGGGAGCCACUGGAGUGAUGACAGACUACCCAACAAAGCUCAAGGAUUUCUUAAAUAGCUUUUCAGCAUAAAAAGGUCCUCAGCAUUAUUCAAGGGUGACAUGACAUGGAAGGAUCUGAGGAAAGGUGUGUCCGCAGUGUUUCCCUGAGACGUCCCGAGUGGUAGAAAGGGUUAACCAGUCAAGUUUUCAUUACCUCAUUUUAAAGCCUGUGUAAGAAUGUAGAAACUUCUCUAUACUGUAUAUUUUUUUGCAACAAUAUUGCAUAUUUUACAGUGGUAACUUGUUUUGAAAGAUAACUGGCUAUGAGACGUAAGUAGAUCACUCACAGAUCAAGAUGACUAUGUGAUGAUGCAGUGUUCUAUUGUAAAUCUAAAAUCAAAGACUGAGGCCACGUUGGGCAUUAGCCGUCACUGAGAAUAAGAUCAACUCCAGUAAAAGAAGAUUAUUGAGCUGGGCUUGGUGAUGCACCCAAAUCCCAACACUUGGGAGGCUGAUGAGUUCAAGGCCAGCCUGGGCUACAUAGUGAGCUCCCCUGACUUUAAAUUUUUUUAUUUAGAAGAAGAAGAAAAUUAUCGAAGGCCAUUGGAGCCUCUUUGAAUUGUCCGGUUAUGUCGAGGUGCGUUUUAGUUAAAGGGAAACACAGUGCAAGAAGAGCCCCACAGCAGAGGUCUAAUAGUCGACCAUAGAGGGCACGCCCAAGUAAACGGCUCGCUACUCACGCAGAAAUCGCCUCUGUGGGCUGAAACAGACUUCGCAGUUGCGGUUCUUAAUGGGGACGCUCUGUGUGGGGUCUUUUCAGAUGUUAGACAGUGCUGCUGCGACUAUUUUUUAUGUCUUCAAAAAUAGACUUUUUAAUUGUAAAUUAAGAGAAGAUCCAAUUAGUCAUGCUUUUGUGUUUCCUCUAAAGAAAUAAACGAUUCUUACCUUUCGGGCUUGACCUGACUGUUUAAACCUCCACCUCGAUUGUGAUAUCACAGUCCUAGUAAAGGUUAAGGCGGUGGGAGUGCAGCCUCGUUGCGGGUGUUUUUAACGUGAGCCGCCUGCUCUCGAUCUUCAGGAGCUCAGUUUGCUGAGGAUCAGAAGCCGGCAGGCUUAGCCACGUUAGGCCUCACUUCUGCUGCUUUCUGAUGGGACUUCAUGCAGACCUGUUUCUAACCUGUGUGACUGAUUUCCCAUGAUCUCAAAUUGGGAGGUAACUAUAAUAUAGACUAAUAACGUCUUUUGCCUAAAUUAUGUCUCUCGUGUGGGGUUUGCCACAGGUAGCUGUGAAGGAUGGCCUUACUCUCCCAUCCGUUGCUUUGUUGUUUAAACUGUAAUAAAGU